AUGUCGCUCAAAACCGAGACCCCCACUAAUACACACCUUAACAUUGUUCCGAAGCUCGCCACUGAUGGCUCGAACUGGAUCACAUACAAGGAACAGAUCCAUACCGUCAUGGGCUCUCGCAGUUUGAUGCGACAUCUCGAGGGCACCGCGCGCCGGCCGCCUGACCCCCUACCAUACCCUCAGACAGCGCCAAGUGCCGCUGCGGUAACAGUGCCGAGCACCACUGCAGCAAUGACAGGCACGUCUGCCACUGCAGCAACGACAACCACUGCCCCAACCCAACCUGCAUUGACACCAGAGGAGUAUCUUGCAAAGGUUGAGGCCGCUGAGAGCAAGUUGGACAAUUUCUUGCAGAAGGAGUUUGCAGCACGGCAGCAGAUCUACGGGACGAUCAAUGAUGCGCUGCUUCUGCGCGUGAAGAAGCUCCCGACAGCUGCGGACGUGUGGGGUGCUAUCCAGAAGGAGUACGAGGGGAAGUCGGAGAUGUACUCCGGUGCGGUGAGGACUCGGCUUCAGAAUAUGAAGUGUGAUGAGGGAGCAAACAUCAGGACUCACCUUGAUCAAAUGCUCAAGUUCCGUGAAGAGCUGUCUUCGAUGGGCGCAGUGAUGGCGGAUGCGGAUUUCUCAGCAUGCAUCUACACGUCGCUUCCAUCCUCCUAUGGCACACUUCUCACGGCACUCACCACUGCUGCAUGUCUAUCCAAGAACACACUCACAUCCGAUGAUGUUGUCUUCGCGAUCUGCGAGGAAUUUGAUCGCAGGAGCCAAGGCCAGACUUCAGAGACUGCGCUGUUUGUCAAGCCAGCCAGAAAGUUUGCAUUGCGAGGAAAGGGGCAGAAAAACUCGAAAGACAUCGAGUGCUUCAAUUGUGGCCGAAGGGGCCAUAUGAAAUUGGAGUGCUGGCCACACCUUUUAGUCAUGUUACCUGAACUGAACUCCCAUUUACCCUGA